GUGUUCAUUCGUAUCUUCCGAAUUAUUCAGUUAGUGCUCAAAAUUGGUUUAUUUAGAUGCAGGAUUUGGUGAUUCUAUUGAUGUGAAACGAAUGCGUGCUGUGACGUUCGCAGGAGGUUUUGAAUUUGAGGUGGAGAUGGAGAGUGCUGGAAAUGGCGGUGUUUUCAGCUUCAGGAACAGUAGCGUCAAAGCGCGGCAGGGAUUGGCAAGGAUUCAGACGCACAAGAAGAUCGACGAGGAUGCGGAGGACGGCGGCGAGAUUUGCCACGACGACAGUACGCCGCCGGUGAGAGCGCAGUCGCUCGACGAGCUUCAUUCGCUUCAGAGGAAGAAAUCGGCGCCGACGACUCCGAUCACGGCGGCUCGGAGUCCGUUCUCGGAGGAGCAGCGCCAGAGGCUGCAGCUCCAAUCGAUCAGUGCAUCUCUGGCGUCGCUUACGAGAGAGACAGGGCCGAACGUGGUGAAGGGAGAUCCGGCGAGGACUCGGCCGGAGACGCCUCGGCUAUCGGCGGCGAGCCACCACUUGGCUCCAACCUUCAACAUAAGCGACAGUGGCCUUAAGUUCACGCACAUCCUCUACAACCUCUCCCCUGCAGAGCUUUACGAGCAAGCAAUAAAAUACGAGAAAGGAUCGUUCAUAACGGCGAGCGGAGCGUUGGCGACUCUGUCAGGGGCAAGAACAGGGCGAUCCCCUAGAGAUAAGCGUGUCGUCAAAGAUGAAAUCACUGCCGAAGAGCUUUGGUGGGGGAAGGGUUCGCCAAACAUUGAGAUGGACGAACACACUUUCAUGGUGAAUAGGGAAAGAGCAGUGGAUUACUUGUGCUCAUUAGAGAAGGUUUAUGUGAAUGAUCAGUUCCUCAACUGGGAUCCCGAGCAUCGGAUAAAAGUCAGGAUCGUCUCAGCAAGAGCAUACCAUUCUUUGUUCAUGCACAAUAUGUGUAUUAGACCCAGUCCUGAAGAGCUGGAGAACUUUGGUACACCCGACUUCACGAUAUACAAUGCCGGACAGUUCCCCUGCAAUCGUUACACUCACUACAUGACGUCCUCGACUAGCGUAGAUUUAAAUCUUGAUAGGAGGGAAAUGGUGAUCUUGGGCACACAGUAUGCCGGGGAAAUGAAGAAAGGUCUGUUCAGUGUUAUGCAUUAUCUCAUGCCGAAACGUCAGGUUCUUUCCUUGCACAGCGGCUGUAAUAUGGGGAAAGACGGCGAUGUUGCUCUCUUUUUUGGAUUGUCAGGUACUGGGAAGACGACAUUGUCGACUGACCAAAACAGGUACCUAAUCGGAGACGAUGAGCACUGUUGGAGCGAGAAUGGUGUGUCGAACAUCGAGGGUGGUUGUUACGCGAAAUGCAUAGAUUUGUCGGGCGAGAAGGAGCCCGACAUAUGGAACGCGAUCAAGUUUGGCACCGUUCUUGAGAAUGUAGUGUUCGAUGAACACACCAGAGAAGUAGACUACACAGACAAAUCCGUGACAGAAAAUACCCGCGCUGCUUACCCGAUCGAAUUCAUUCCAAACGCUAAGAUACCUUGCGUCGGCCCCCAUCCGAAAAACGUCAUUCUUUUAGCCUGCGAUGCGUUCGGAGUUCUUCCCCCAGUCAGCAAGCUGAGCUUAGCUCAAACAAUGUAUCACUUCAUAAGCGGCUACACAGCUCUGGUCGCCGGAACAGAGGACGGCAUAAAAGAGCCAACGGCGACGUUCUCCGCGUGCUUUGGCGCAGCAUUUAUAAUGCUUCACCCCACAAAGUACGCAGCCAUGCUCGCCGAGAAAAUGCAGAAGCACGGCGCGACCGGAUGGCUCGUGAACACCGGCUGGACCGGCGGGAGCUACGGAUCGGGGAGUCGUAUCAAGUUGGCGUAUACUAGAAAAAUCAUCGACGCCAUACACUCGGGAGUGCUCUUGCAAGCGAACUACACGACGACCAACGUCUUCGGGCUCGAGAUUCCGACCGAAGUCGAGGGUGUCCCUUCGGAGAUACUCGAUCCCGCCAACUCGUGGCCUGACAAGAAUGCGCACAAGGAGACUCUUUUGAAGCUCGGGGGACUUUUCCGGAAGAACUUCGAGGGAUUCCUCAGCCACAAGAUCGGAUCGGGCGACGAGCUGACCGAUGAAAUCUUGGCAGCCGGACCCAAUUUUUAGCUUUGUAAGAACAUCGAUGAUGAUCGGUCGAUCGAUUGAUCGAUCGGCGGCGGCAUUGCUUUCAGCAGAGAAUGUACUGCCGCUGCUGCUGCUGCUGUUAUAUGUAUUCAGUUGUGUGCUUCUUUAACGGUAAUUUAGAAUGUCUUUUCUUCUUGCAUUGUGUUUUUUUUUUGGCCGUUGAGUUUGAGAUGCUGAGUUUGCUGAUGCAUUGUAAUUAUAAUCGUAUGUGGGUUUAUAAAUUACUUGAAAAAUUUGUGGAUCAAGCAGU